CCGCGCGGAAGAGGGAAGUUCGGUUUGUUUAUAUCGCCGCACGAAGUCUCAGCGUUUGUCCCCAGAAAAUACGGCGAAUAAGUAAAUGUAGAUAACUACAGCUCUUUGAAUGUGAUCGGUCUCGGCUCCUCCGUCGGGUUUCCUGGACGAGCAGCCAAAUGUCCGCGGUGCAGCCCCCCGGCCAGCUCCAGCAUGCAGCAGAGUCCGUGCUGGAUGUCCAGGGGAUGCAGUUCUGGCUCGACAAAGCGGUGGCUUGGAGCCAGGCUGACGGCCCAGACUCGCAGAGAGACACCUGCCUGCACUUGAGCAGGCUGAGGGAUUUCCUCCAGCAACUUCUCACACACAUCCACAACAUGAGCUCCACAGCAGAAACCAUGCAGAGGCUGCCUCUCUUGGGCCAGUUCCUGGGUUACCUGUGCUGGAACCCGUUCGUGACUGCUGAUGGCUCGAGCAGAGGACUCCUGCUUCAGUGUGUUUUGGGGCUGCACUCAGAGCAUCCCAGCAGUGCUGUGGAAAGAAAAGCCAACCAGUGGAUUCGGAAAACGUUGUGCCAGCUCGCUACAGAAGAAGACGAGUUUGCAAUUCAGGUUUUUAUGAAGCAUGUGAGCGUGCCACCUAAAGAGUACCAUCUCCAAGUCUUGAAAAAGAUUGUUGCACAGCUGCAGGAAAACAUUGGAAAGAGCUGUGGUUCUUUGAGCAACGUAAAUCGAAGCUGCUCAUGUGACGUUGUUCUGGCCACAUCGGACGCUUGUGUCCCCCUGGUCACUUAUCCUGAGGCGUCUCCUGUCGUCAGUGCAUUGCUGCAGCGGCCAGUGACUUGUGUCAAAGAAACUCUGAGUGAAGACUUCCUGGAAGCCCUGAGCUCUGCCUCUGCAAGUGGCAGUCUGUCGCUGGAGGGCCCGGCCCUCGUCUCUCUGUGGCGUCGCAGCCUGUCCAGCCUGGAAGGGGCCGUGCUCGAUCUGAUGGAGUCCUCCGUCGCAGCAGGCUGCACGCCUCAGAUACGAGAGCAGCAAGUAGCGCGUUCACUGCUGCCUAAAGCCUGUGCAGUGCAUUUCCCCAUAUUCUUGGUGGUGAGCGACAUCUUCAGAUUCACCCUUAAGCAAGCUGAGAGAAGCGAGAGUCUGAAGUCUCUCAUACAAAGCUUCACCAGGUGUUUUCUGAGGGAAACGUCUCUGCUGCAGCCUCAGAUGAGUGUACCUUUGAAGGCCUUUUUCCCACAGUCACCCCCCAGCCUGCUGGCUCCCCUCCUGACCUUGCCUUCAGAGAUGCCUCGGGAGGCCUGGAGGAACCACCUGAACUGGCUCAGCCGCUCAUUACAGAGACUGACAGAGGAGGGAGAGGAGGGAGACGGAGACGGAGACGGAGGCACCCGGUCAGAGGGGCGCCACGCAGUGUUCGAGGCCUGGUUCCUGCUGGUCCAGUGCGCCCACUGGGUGCAGGUGGCCGUCCAGCUGCUGGCCACAUCAGGCCCCGAGGACUGCGGCCUCCUCCUGUGGCUGCUGACCUUCUAUCACCACCCCACCGACAGGUGGCACCACAGAGCCGCACAGCUGGUGCAGGCUGGGGAGGCGUGGGACCACCUGCUCGCUGUCUUCGUGGCCUCGCCUCACCCCGCUCCCGCCGACCGCCUGCGCUCGCUGGUCGCGCUGCUGUCGCCACGAGCUCGGAAUCCACCGCCGCUGGCUCCGUCGCUGACCAUCAGCCUCUUAGUUAACUUUGCAGUUUUCUGCCAGCUCCCGCUGAGCGCCUCCGCUGGGAUUUUACAGACGGUGGUGGAUCAGUCUGGUGUGGCUGAUGAAGCAGCAUGUGUUCUCAGCUCGCUGGAGCUCCGACUAAAUGAAGGCGGCUGCUCAUCAAGCGACAGGGUUCAUCUCAGGAUCCAGGGACUUCAGCACACCAUAACACAUAAGCAUUCAGCGUGAAGCAUUCAGCACGCCGCCUCAAACAGGUGAGAGCGCACGCACGCACGCACACACACACACACACACACACACACACAGACAGAAAUCACACAGCAGUGAGCUCAUCCUCGUCUCAGGGUUUUUCGAAGCACAUUUGCGGAAUGACAAAUUGCUGCGCUGUUGUGCCGAUAUGCUGCGGAACAAUGACAGGAGUGUGUCAAAACAACACGGC